CUGGUGCCCUGUGUCCUCCCUCAGGUCGGUACUGGGCAGAUAUCUCUGACACCGUCAUCUCGGGGACCUUCCGGCAGUGGAAAGAGGGAACCACCAGAAGUGAGAUCUACUAUCCAGGGGACACCAUCGUGCACCAGGCGGGAGAGGCCACGUCCGUGCAGUGGAGCGCAGGCACCUGGAUGGUGGAGUACGGCCGGGGCUUCAUCCCCUCCACGCUCGCCUUCGCCCUGGCUGACACCCUCUUCAGCACUCAGGACUUCGUCACCCUCUUCUACACCCUGCGGGCCUACGCCAAGGGACUGCUCUUGGAAGCCAAUGCCUUCUUCAGCACCAUGGCUUGCUGAAC